AUGACAUUACGAAACCAAGCAAUGCCAGCACUACAUCCCACAUUAUUGGUCAUAUUAUUAUACAUCUCGUUGACCCAUGCACUAUCGUUAAGUAGAUGCUCCUCGACAAAUUUGGGCGGUGAAAAAACAAGCAGCGAGUUCAUGUCAAAUGGGCUUUGUCGAGACACCUGUUCAAAGGAUGGGUAUGCCGUUGCUGUCUUGUCAGGAAACGAUUGCUACUGUACCAACGAUGUCCCAGCAGACACUACUGAUAUGUCGAAUUGUGAAAUUGGAUGUCCAGGUUAUAAAGACCAGGAAAAUUGUGCUGGAGAUGGUUAUUUUGGGUACUUGAUUAUUGGACAACCAUCAGCAACCGUCGGAGGAGAGACAAGUACGAGUAAGUCAACACAAAGCUCAACAAGCACAUCAACAAGUACUAGCUCCACCUCUACAUCGAGCACCACCUCAAGCUCAUCAUCCACUAGCACCACCUCAAGCUCAUCAUCCACUUCUACUUCCACUACUUCAGAACCCUCUUCUUCCAUCUCCCCUGCCACCACCAUGGUUACCAAAACAACACAAAUCACAGAAACUCAUCGUUCAAGCAAUAUUGUUCAAGUCACACAGUACUCGACAGAAGUACUUACCGUGUCUCCCAGCACCACAUCCAAAUCUUCUACUUCCUCAUCAUCGAAAUCCUCCUCACAAACACCAAUAGUAUCCACAAAAAUCGAACAAACAACAGCCUACUCCAUCAAAACAGUAAAUGGAACUCAAACACAAGAGAUCAAAACACUAUACAUAACCCAAUUCACGACCCAAUCAACUCUGGAUUCGACAACUGGCACCACAAGUUUUGAAUCAGCAUCAAUAUCUAAUUUGCGGUCUCAGGACGCUUCUGUUGCGCCAACCCUGUCGGUGCCCAGCUCAUCAACAACGGAUUCCCCCAAGACCAACAAGAAUGCAUUUUUUGACGACAAGGGUAAGGUUGCUGGUACUUUUACUGCCGUUGGAAUAGUUGUUGUCGGGAUAGUCGGUGCUAUGUUGUACUGCUGCUGCUGCUUUGGUGGAGCAGGUGGCAGACACAACGACCACGACGGGUACAGUGACGAAGAGAACCAAUACAGCUCUGACGAAUUGUCGGUCAACCAUGCAACAGUUGUUGCUCCAUACAGCAAGCAAUCGUCAUUUUCUACAUUAAAGAGAGACAGUUCCUCAAAGACUUUAUUUGCAUAUUUUACAGGCGACAAUACGAAUAAAGAGAGUGGAGUCAACCGAAGCUCGUCAAGACGAAAAUUGAUGAGCAGGAGAAGCAGUCAAAUGAGCUCAUCGCCCAAUAACAACCCAGAAGCAGAUGGAGGAGCUAUGUUCCCAAUUAAUGAGAUAGAUUCCAGAUUAGAUCCAGACACAAUGUUCUUGAAUCAAAACUUUUCCAACAAAUCACUUGGUGAUAAUCAAGAUUAUUCAAGAAAGCUUAAAAUCACUAAUCCUGAGUAA